AUGGGAAGAACUGCUACAGGCGAGUGGAAUAUGGGAUUUGACGUCCACGCUGCGCGCGUUCAAGUUGUCUUCGCGUCUGCCAAAUCGUUCGUGAGCACUGCACUACAACUCCAGGAAAAGCUAAGAGGCAAGCUGGAGAUCCCCUCGUUCUUCUUUGACAGGAUGUACCUUCAGCCAAGCGGCUUUUGCGGGUAUGACGUCUGGCUGGACAAGAACGAGGAAGUGGAGUUCUACACGUACUGGUCCCGCUUCACAGUCAAGCAGAUGUACAAGCUCCAGCCGAAGAGGACGUUCACGCCACACAUCUCCAACCAUCACAACAGGGUCGGCAAUUGGAACGCUGACUUUGCGAUACAUGGGCCGCAGAGCACGCGGCAUGGGUGGGAAUGGUACGAGAUGGGGUUCUUCGCAUGCUGGACGCAGUCGGGGUCGCUCACGCUGCUGUGCUUCGAUCUGCCUGCCAGUGUUAGCAGCAGCAGCUCAAUCUGGAAGUACCUACUCGUACAUCAAGGCUGCACGAAACCUUGCGCGACAGCAGCCACCACGCUUGUAUCGACUUUCAUGUAA